CGCUGGCAGCUGCGCGGCGGCCGGCAGGCCCGAUGGCGGCGGAGGCGAUCGAGUACGAGGCGGGGGAGCCGCACACCCGCGUGUUCCGCGUGGACGCGCUGGGCAGCGGCUGGCGGCAGUGCCUGCAGCCCCGAGACCUCUCGCUGGCUGACGAGGAGGAGGAGGAGGAGGCGGCCGGGGCCGUGGCGGAGGAGCUGGGCUGCACGGCAGAGACAGCGGCCGAGCUGCGGGCCUUGUGCAGUGUUGAUACGUUAGUGUCUGUUGAUAAAGAGAGGGACCCAGAAGCGAUUCCCGAAGACAGCGGGCUGGAAACUCUUCGGUUUAGGAAGAAGGCGCUGCAGAGGCGAGAAGAAAGGAUCGUCGUGGAUCGGGCUUGCAGACAGGAAACGCUGACUUACGAGAUGGAGUCGCACGCCAUUGGGAAGAGGCCUGAUGAUGCAGCAGACCUGGUGGAGGAGGGAGAGCUGCUUCUGACUCUGAACGUCUUCUAUCCCAUCAUCUUCCAGAAGCACAAAGAGCACAAGCCCUACCAGACAGUCCUGGUGCUGGGCAGCCAGAGGCUCACUGAACUCAGAGACUCCCUGUCCUGUGUCAGCGACCUGCAGAUCGGCGGGGAGUUCAGCAGCGAGCCGGACCGAGCGCCGGAGCACAUCAGCAAGGACCUCUACAAAUCUGCCUUCUUUUACUUUGAAGGCAUCUUUUAUAAUGAUAGCAGAUACCCAGAGUGCAGAGAUCUGAGCAGAACCAUUAUUGAGUGGUCCGAAUCUCGUGACAGAGGCUAUGGAAAUCUUCAGUCUGCCAAAAUGGAGGACUACACAUUCAAUGAUGUGUCCCUCAGAAUCGGCUAUCCGUACCUCUUCUGCCACCAAGGGGACUGUGAGCACAUCAUUAUCGUCACAGACAUACGACUUAUUCAUCAUGAGGACUGCCUGGACAGGAACCUCUAUCCGCUGUUAAUCAAAAAACACUGGUUAUGUACCAGAAAAUGCUUUGUGUGCAAAAUGUAUACAGCCAGGUGGGUAACCAACAAGGACAGCCUGGCACCAGAGGAUCCUUGUUUCUUCUGUGAUGUUUGUUUCCGAAUGCUCCAUUAUGAUGCAGAAGGCAAUAAACUGGGAGACUUCCUUGCAUAUCCCUACGUCGAUCCUGGGAUUUUCAACUAGAACUUACAUGAGCCAGAAUGGAUUCAGUGGGCUGAAUCUGACUCAUCUGACAGAUGAAACUGUUGCUCUAGCUGUUAAAACCACCAAACAGCUUGAGUGUUGGCCAUCCCAUAGGUUUUGGGGUUGGGCCUUUAUUCUUCUCCUCUGAGAAAGGGUAUCUGAUAUGCUUUCACAGUCACAGAGAUAAGCUAGCAUGGAAAAAUAUACUCAGAUGUGUAUUUUAAUAAAGUACAUUUUUCUAAUAUGUUUCAACUACAGUACAGUAAUUUGGAGAUCCAGACUAAAAAUCUGGAUGUUUUGAAAAGAGAAUACCUUUACAAAAGCAAAUGGUGGUUGUUUGGUGGGUUUGGGUUUUUUGUCCUUGAGAAAUCUUAUGCAUCUAAGGCGCUGUUAACUUUUAAAGGCUGAAAAUAUGAUCUUUGGGCAUCUUACCUGGAAAACUGGCAAUUAUCUCUGAACAAGGUGAGAAAAUCAGUCCAGUGAUUAACCUGCCCAUAGCAAAUGGUUGGAAUUAGGUUAUCUUUAAGGUCCCUUCCAACCAAAGCCAUCCUUUGUUUCCCAAAGAAAUCACUUGUGGAAAGAAACUGGGCAAGGUUGAGGGAAAUCGGUAUUUUCAGGGUUCUUUGGAAAUUAGGAGAGAAGCAACACGUCUAAAGCAUCACCAGAGCCUGUGGCAGAAUUAGGAGUAAAAUUACCAUUUUCGGAUGAGCAUCAGGCUCUGCUCAGCUCCAAAACCAGUGUGCCCUUCAAUUCUGGAGCAUUCUCCCAGGAAUGCCCAUGCCCAUCUGGACAGGCCAGCUGUUCCAUCAUGGGAUGUGGGCUAUGAAACCCCAAUACUGGAAACCCCAACCCUAACUGCAUUUGACUGAAGAACUGGAAGAAGCUCAAAGCAAGAACGCCAUCUUAUUUGCCUGAUUUCUUAUAUUUUUUAAAACACUGUGAGUAACUUCAAGUCUUCAUCUCAGUACAAGGAUGCAGAAAAGCCUGGUAGUCUCCCUAAUGGAAAUGCAGAGCUGAACAAUAUGUUUGUCAACGAGCAAAUCCCCCAGUAAAAGGUCUGACUCAUAAAGUAAUGAAACAAUUACUGUUAGACGCUAUUAUUUAUUAGUUAUAGCACAGUAGUGCCUACAGGCUAGGACAAGCUCCCACUGUGCCUGGCACAACACAAACACUGAGCAGAAUACGUAAUCCAAGUGUUCUUAUUUGCAGAGCCACUGCGUUACGCCCAAUUUUAGUCUCUAAAAAAUGCAAACAAAUGAUAUUUCCAUCAACACUAAUAACAUCAGCAGUUAUUCGUGCUGUCAGGAGGAAGGCAGCCUGCCCUGCUUGGGAGUGCCAUCCCUUCUCUCCGUGGCACUUCCAGCAGUUCACACUGCCCGUGAGAGAGCAACCCAGCUAGGGAACAGCAGUGUUGGUAUGCAGGCUUUUGCCUUGGCAGAUGU